AGCUCCAGAGUCAGAGCCCAGGCGGGUUUGUUAGUGUAGGUAGCUUGGCCGCCGCCCGCAGUUGCCCGCACCCGUUUCCCGCGCCCCCGCCGAAGUAGGCGAGAAAUUUAUCAUCAUCAUUGCUGAUUCCAGCCAACCACCGCCCAGCCAGAGAAACCCGCAACAACCUCGUCCGAGAACCACCGAGUAGUAGCGUCACACUCAUUUUCGGCCACAGCCUUUCCUGUCACCACCACCACCUCAAACACCCGACCGACCCGCGCAAUUGACCUUUUCCGCGACAGCCAACCCAAACAAAAACAAAAAUGUUCCGCACCGCCGCCCUCACUGCCGCCCGCGUGGCCCGUCCCGCCGUCGCCUCCGCCGUCCGCGCUGGUGUUGCCCGUCCUGCUUUUGUCCAGGCCGUCCCCAAGGUCGCUGCCUUCCAGGCUGUCCGGUUUUACAGCGCCGGUGGUCACCUCAAGAAGGAUGAGGUCUUUAGCAGGAUUGCGCAGGUGUUGAGUGGAUUUGACAAGGUCAACGACCCCAAGAACAUCACCGAGACCGCCCACUUCGCCAACGACCUCGGUCUUGACAGUUUGGACACCGUUGAGGUUGUCAUGGCUAUUGAGGAGGAGUUCUCCAUCGAGAUCCCCGACAAGGACGCCGACCAGAUCCACUCGGUCGACAAGGCCGUCGAGUACAUCUUGAGCCAGCCCGAUGCCAACUAAAAAGUCCUCUGUUCCGUUCCUUGUUCGAGCGUUUUAGAAACCCCACUACUUGCGCAAAUAUAAAGCAUACUUCUUCUCCCUACCCUUCUUACCUACCUUACCUUUUCACCUCUAUCCUUAUCCUUAACUAGAUCGAUUCGAAACAUAUCUUUGUCAUUGUUUGAGAUUCGAUUCGAUCUGUGUACCAU